UCCAUGAUAGACGGUAGAGGCGUGGUGCUGUCGUGACCGAUGGUUGUGGGGGCGGUGCCGGUUGCGAGGUUCAGCGAGCUGAGAGUGAGACAAUCAGUGAAGCUGGCAGAUUACGUGGCCUCAAAAAUCGCAUUGCAAUAUUGCAUGUGAUGACGUGGACCCAUAUGGCACGCGGCCCCACCAUGGAGGUUCAAUCAACAUCAUCGUAGACUACUUCAAGUUCUAGUGGUCGUCUUCUUCUUCGACCUCAGUACUCUCGUCUGCUUACUCUCUACCUCCAUAGCCAACUAAUCCAAGCAUUAAUGUCUCUCUCUCUCACUCUCAGUCCCUUCUAUGCGGCCCCUCAAAAAACCCACUUGGCCAAUUUCCCUCUCACGAGAUAUGAACAAAGAUUUACCAUCUAUUCACCUUCAAAAUUCAGGAGCCUAACCACUGUAGUUAGAUCGGUUCAUAAGGAUUCUGGGCAUUUACCUGUGACUCCAGCAAAACCCAGAUGGGAAAAUGUGUUGUCCACUGCAGCUAGCUUGUAUCCUCUCUAUGUGACUGUAGGAGGGGUUGUUGCUUGCCUGAAGCCCUCUACUUUUGCCUGGUUUGUGCAGAGAGGACCAGCUUCAUAUAGUUUGUCGCUUGGGCUCAUCAUGUUGGCUAUGGGUCUUACUUUGGAGCUAAAAGAUUUGAUUGGUUUAUUUAUGCAAAGGCCUCUCUCUAUACUAUUUGGAUGCGCUGCUCAGUAUACAAUUAUGCCAACGUUUGGAGCAAUUGUUAGCAAAUCCUUGGGACUUUCACCUUCUCUUUCAGUUGGACUGAUAUUGCUUGGAUGCUGCCCCGGAGGUACUGCCUCUAAUGUGGUGACCUUAAUUGCUCAAGGGGAUGUUCCACUAUCUAUUACAAUGACGGUGUGCACUACUCUUGGUGCAGUCCUUCUCACUCCUAUGUUGACAAAGAUUCUAGCAGGGACUUAUGUUGCUGUGGAUGCUCUUAAACUUUCCAUCAGCACCCUUCAGGUGGUUGUAGCUCCAAUUCUGUUGGGUUCCUAUUUGCAGAGCAAAUUUCCUGCAGCAGUGAAAGCUGUGAUACCUUUUGCACCACUAUUUGCGGUCUUGGCUUCAUCACUGCUUGCAUGCAGCGUCUUCUCAGAAAAUGUUGUUCGUCUUAAAUCCUCAAUGGUUGGUGCUUCAUUGCCUCCUGGUUCCUCUCCAGUUCUUUUCAUUCAAUCAAUAGUGUCUGGAGAUCUGGGAAUUAUAGUACUAUCUGUUUUGCUGCUACAUUUUGCUGGUUUCUUUGUGGGUUAUCUAUCAGCAGCUAUUUGUGGAUUUACAGAACGUGAACGGCGAGCUAUAUCAAUUGAGGUUGGUAUGCAAAAUUCGUCCUUAGGUGUGGUUUUAGCAACAUCCCAUUUCACUUCUCCAAUGGUUGCAUUACCCCCAGCCAUGUCUGCUGUAAUAAUGAAUAUCAUGGGUAGCAGUUUGGGAUUCGUUUGGAGAUAUAUGGAUCCAUCCAAAUUGGAUGAUAGUCCUAAGCUUACUGGAAAGUGAAGAUGGAACACUGAAAUGUUGAUGGCAUAGUUGAUUCUGCUUUAUUUCUUCAUUGGAGUUAUGUAGAAUCAAUUCUUUGAAUUAUAUAAUUCAGCUUUUUGGCCAUUGGCUAUGGAAGCUGGGUAGCCAUGAACCUCACUUGACUUGUUGAACCCCUAGCUUGAUUUAGGAUGACAACCCUACCAUCCCUUUUCUUGAGGGAUAUGUCCCAAGAUGGUAGGCAGCCACUUCUGUGGAUAUUGUUCUUAGAGAGAAUUGCAAAAAGUCUUGUUUAUAUUUUUUAAAUAAAUUAAAUGGUCAUUGACUUAA